GUUUAGAAGCAUUUCCACAAGGAAAGAAAAAGCAAAGCUGUAGCAGCUUUGGUCAAUUGCAGCCAUUUUGUGAGGUUGGCUGUUGUACUUUAAUUCAUUGAGUGCAUUAUUGAUGUAUAGUAUAUUUAGUUGCUGCUUUAAAACUCAACAGAUCUUCUACUGAUUACAAGAAUGGGCACCAGAGUAUUCGUUGGUGGCCUAAGCUACCGGGUGCGAGAACGCGACCUUGAGAGAUUCUUCCGGAAAUAUGGUAGAAUCAAGGAGGUGGCCAUGAAGAAUGGAUUUGCAUUUGUGGAAUUUGAUGAUUAUAGAGAUGCCGAUGAUGCGGUAUAUGAAUUGAAUGGAAAAGAAUUACUUGGAGAAAGGGUAAUAGUGGAGCAUGCGCGCGGCACGGCGCGACGCGGGGGCGGGGGAGAGCGCUACGGAUCAAGUCGACGACCGCGAUCCGCGUGGUACGACAAGUAAGUAGAUGAUCAUUGUCGCUCACUCUGUGUCGCUGUUGUGUUGCAGAGUCUGUGUAGAGAGAGCGCGGGGCACGCCUAGGGGCAGCGAUGUGUGGAGGGGCCUGGGGCGCAGUCGAAUUUCGGGCCCACCCUCACGCCGCGGUCCCCCCAGUCCCCGGCGCGGAUCAAGAGGGGACAGAGAGCCUGAUCACCGCUAUCAAGAUAGAUAUGGACCACCGACAAGAACUGAAUACCGCUUGAUUGUGGAAAAUUUGUCGAGCAGAGUCAGCUGGCAGGAUUUGAAAGAUUUCAUGCGGCAAGCUGGUGAAGUGACCUAUGCUGAUGCACACAAGGAUAGAAGGAACGAAGGUGUGGUGGAAUUCGCCACCUACUCUGAUCUGAAGAAUGCCCUGGACAAGCUGGACGACACGGAUCUGAACGGACGCCGCAUCCGCCUGUUGGAGGACAAACGGCGGUCGCGUCGCUCUCGCUCUUCCAGCUCAAGGUCACGCUCUCGCUCGCGCUCCCGGUCGCGUCGCCGCUCAAGGUCAAAGUCAAGAUCAAGAAGUCGCCACAGCUCGAAAUCGAGGAGCUCAAGAAGCCGCUCCAAGUCACGUGCUCGCUCCAAGUCGGCAUCCAGAUCCAAAUCUCGCUCCAAAUCUCGUGAACAUAGUAGGUCUCGCUCUCGGUCAAAGACACCUAACAAAUCCAGAUCUAAAUCCAGAUCUCAGUCUGUUUCUAAAGUGAACAGAAGUUCAAAGUCCAGAUCACAGAGCAAGGAAAAGUCCAAAUCAAGAAGCCAAUCGCCGGAGAGAAACGGCGACCACUCACCCGAACCAAAAGAUGAUUGAGGGUUCAGCAUGUGCUACUAAUUCAGUUUAUUAUUGUGUAUGAAUGAGAGUGAAUAUGUAUGAUGUAAUAAUAAUAAUUGACAAGUACAUUAUUUAUAUAUAUAUGUAUGUCAAUGUGUUAAUUUCAAUUCUCAGUUAUUUCUCAGCUCCAUUAUUAUAAUGUUUGAUGAAUCAGUGGUCGAUAAUAAAUUGAAUACCUGUUAGUGAAUAAAGUAAGUUUAUUUGGUUGGGGAGAAUAGAAUGCUGGUUGCAAGGGUCCAUUGAGAUGAGGGCUUUGGCCCAAAGUGUGUGAAAUGCCACCACAGCCUUCUUGAUGUGGUUAUCAAUAUUCUUCUUCAGUUUCCAUUUCCUAUGCCGCAACUUGCAUAACGUUUCAAUAGAAUGACACUUUGAACUGUAGGGUUCUUGAUUAGCAGACACGAGUUCACUAAUGAACUUUUAGAAUACACACGUUUUUAGUAUAAGUAUUUAGUAUUAAUCUGAGGCUGUUGAAAAAUCAUGAUGAAUACUGCACAACAGUGCAAGCUCUUAAAUAAUGUAUUCUGAUGCAUUAACUUGAUGAUGUAUUAAUAGAGUGUUAUCUUCAACAUAAUCGGAAUUACUAUUUCAUCAAGUUUCAAUAGUUGUGAUCAAAGUCAUUCAAGUGGGUGCUUUCAUACUGCAUCAUAUAUCUGAUUCGGUUUUCUAGAAAGGAAAGUAAGCAAGCCAUUGCCUGUACUUUAAAAAAGUAAAAGUCUUCUUAUUUUCCUUCUCCAUUAUACACAACUUGAGACUUUUUCUAAAUAGAUACGACCAGGCAAAGCAAUAGCAGAUUGAAUACCACUAUACGAAAGUCCUCUUCAGUUUUUCUAUUCCACUUUGUCAUUCAAUACUUAUUUUACACUUGAAUGAAAAUUCUGAUCAGAACAAUUAGAUAUGUUGAGUAUUUUCAGACACAUUCUGCCUUUUCCAGUAUUCAUCUUGAUUUUUCUCAUUGAAAUUUCACUUUCAUAUUAUUUCUUUGAGGGUAAAGCAAGUGCCUCCGAACAAGAUUAGAGCAACUCUAGCUUGAAAGCAUCAGUAGUUUCAAACUUCUUAUAUUCACUAUUUACUUCAUUAAAACUGUUUUCUUCAAUCAUUGAAAUAUCACAAACGUAAUUUGUACGAAAUUUGUGUCAAUUCCUAAUGAAUGUAUGUGUAAUAGUAAAAUUUUGAAAUCGAAUCUGCAAGUCAUCCAAUCUCGUCUAUUCCUCCAUUACUAUUCUCAGUUAUUUCAAUACAUUAGACUUUGUAAGGGUUGACCUCUAUCUGAAUUUUAAUCGUCUACAGUAGUUGUAAUUUUCUAUUCUAUUUCUUGUAAUAUUAGCCUACACUUGAUGAGAAAAUGAGUGUUAAUUAUAUAGAUGUAGAGCAUAUUUGUAAAUACAGUACCAAACUUAUUAGGAAUAUGAACUUAAUUGAUCAGUAAAAACGCCUCUGCUUAUUCUAAUCAAUUCAUCACUUGAUCAUUUAUUGUUUAUCUAUUUACUUAAUUUGAUUAUCUUUGUAUUUGGGUUGAGAGGAUUCAUUUUUAUUCAGAUUAUUGAAUUUAAUUAGCUACAUUUGAUAAAUUGAUAAUACUAAUACAGAGUCGACUGAUUAUUUGUAGUAGAAACAGUUUACUGAUUCAACAUCAUUUGCAGGCUUAUUUGUCUGCAAGAUUCAUUCGGAAGCGUCAAGUUUAGUUGAACUGUAUUAAUUGAAUUUCAUUUCGAGGAUAUUUUGUAUCUGAUUUUGUUAAAAAAUUGCUUGAAACAGUUUUCGUUUAGUUUUUUAUUAGAAUGUAGGAUCUUGACUAUUGCAUGAGUAGAGAUGCUUUUGAAUGGAUCUUGAAUUUCUAUUCUUAAUAAAUUUAUUAUUUUAUUCAUCAAUAAA